AUGACUUUUACUACGCUGAAACUUCCCAGGGCAGGUCAGGUACUUGUGGUGCGUGUUUCGUCCGCCGUUGUCGUCUUUUGCACUUCAACAACGUGAAUGGGUUUAUGACCGAAUAAAUUGGGCCAGAUAAAUUAGCUGUAUAGGGGAGAUUAAACCACCUGAUAAUUGGUGGGCAUACUCUUCAUAGACUCGAAAGGUUGGCAGUACGUGCGUGUUCCAUCUGACGUUCUGCCGUCUUUAACACAUCAACGGCAUUGACUACGUCUUUAGCUUAUAUCAGAUAAAAUAGCUCUAUAGAGAAAAUUUAACUACUAGAUGAGCUGGUGGAUGUGCCCGUCGCAAACCCAAAAGGUUGACGGUCCUUAACUGCUACAAAGCUAUCAUGGCCCAUCAUGAUAGGUCACUGCAAGUCUCUCAGAUAUGAUGGCCUUAGUCGCAAUGGUUCCAGAGGGGCGCGUUUAAAGUCCACUUCCCUGUUGAGGCGUCUUCCUCUUCCUCUACGAUUAGCUGUGACAGCACUACUUUCCGUACACUACGAUUUUAGUGUGCGGAAUAAAGCAGGGGAAAGUAGUUCAACACAGUAAGUUCUACUAUAUAUGCCGGGUAUAUUUCAACUUAUCCAAGAAAAUACGCUAAGUCCCACCAAAUGGUCGGUUUUCGCCCCGAACCCCACUUUGUAUUGUCGGAUUGGCAUCCUUUCAUGCUCAUUAUUAAUUCGUCCCGGUUAAGUGUCCCCGCAAUUCAAAAGCUGCCCAGAGUGCACUCAUGCUUUAAGGAGGCCGCGCUCACCGGUGGGUCUACCAAUGCCCAAUGCCUUUCUGGAGUUAUGACGCCCAGUUUAUGCAUGAAAGGGAGUUACUUUUGGCACAAUGCAUGAACCGCUGAGGUUGCCACAAGUUAUUUGCCUCAGCCGAUACCGUGUCCUCGAAGUUUUUCCCAUUCCGAAUGACUACGACCACGAAGUUGUUAGGCGUAUUUAACGAAUCCGAAUCACACGAACAUACUAUGUAACCUUCCACAAGCCGCCCUGCCAGGAAAAGGGAAGAUUUAAAAUCACUAUGAGGAGCUACACUGAGCCAUUUAUUCCCGUGAGUGGUGUUUGCUGCGGACGAUGGGCUGUUAGGACCGCCGAUUGACUAUCCGCACAGAAUAAAGUAGCCGAAAAUCAUUUAAUUGCAAUAACUCGAAGAAAAGUACAGAAAUAAGUUAGGCUGGGUUUUCACAGCGUUCGCAUGAACUUUGCACCCUGUAGAUGAUCUAAUCGCCCACACAGUGAGUCGGGAAAUAGCCCAACUCACUCUUUCUGCCUUCUAAUAAUUUUUCCGAGUAAAUAUUUAUAUGUGGUGGGCAGAUGCUGUCUUCGGCCCAUGAACUGACGGAGGUGUAGUCUCCAAAAGAACAACAUUUUCGAAAGACCAUAAUUGUCUGUCGGCAAAAUCAAACAUGUAGACGUGUUAUAUAGUGUCUGUUUAGAUAUAAUACCAGCCACAUUUUACUCCAGUCGGGAAAGUCGAGGAAACUUUUAACUUGCUUCCCACGUCACAGUCCUUCUAGGAUAGGCGAUCCACAGGUUUUCGCUAUUUUCUAGGUGCAGAAGAAUGCGGUUAACAUCAUUUUCAUGUGCAUUGUUAAUGCUUUAAAAAGGGGAAAUGGUUAACAGCACCUAUGACGAACACCUAAUGAGCGAGAAAAUUGCUCUAUUUAACAACGAGACUCCGGCCUUACACGUAGAAUCAAACCCAGUACUGGACUUUGUCUAGACGUUCUGCUUGUGCACAUGAAUGGGAAAACUGACCUCUCUCCAUCACCUCCAUGAAGUUGGCUGAAUAAUGAUGGUCAAGCGAUUACAACAUGAUCGCUUCAAGGACUUGCAAUCGCUCCACUUGCCCGAAGCAACAAUGUUUCUCGGUUUAACGCAUUUGCGGAUAAUGAUGGUCAACGCUACUGCUGAGUGCCUUAUAACAUAUUCAAAGUCACCCGUCCGCGUUGACCUGUCAUACAUUCAAAAUACCCACUCUUUCGCCACGCAAUCGUCAUUACAUUUCUACUGUGUUACCGUCGACUUAUCAAUGUAUGCUACAACUCUGCCUCCGUUGUCUCUGAUCAUUUUUCACGAAAGAAGGCAAGCUGCUGCGCGGCUGUUUUGUCACUGGUCCUGCACAUUGCGGUCCGACGAAAACCGGUAUCUUCGCACGAACUACACGGUCAUUUCGACCAGUUGCUCCCACCUCAUGCAGCGAAGGCAGUACCAGUCUGCCGCAUAUAAGCAAUCAAAGAAAUUGGCGCGAGACAGAGGAAUUGACUGUUUGAGAGAAGCGUAAACUUCUCGUAAACACUCUUAUUUGGACGUUGCCACCGCCUAUAGUCGUCAACAACAUAUGUCCGUUUCUGGAAAAUAGAUAUCUUCUAACUCAUACGGAUACACGUACUUGGUCACAAAGGCAAAUAUGCUCCAUGUUGCAUGCGCAACGCCACGAAUGACUUAGGUUCCCGCGUUGAUAAACUCGUAAUCAGGUGUUGGUACUUUUUGAAUUAAUGUCAGCAAUCUUCCUCAUAGGUGACACUGGAAUCUCCUUUCAACUCGUCGUGCCUAACAGUAGCAGAUCGCAAAGACCAAAGGAAAAUCCGCCGGAAAAAUUCACGUUUUAGGUUUGCGUCGGUUCAUUUUCGUGAUCGAAUUUAGUCACAUCAGGAGCAUUUUGAUCUCGGCGUGACUGCCUAACGUCCGUUCUCCAAGUUGGAACUCUGUCAAGACGUGAUCUGAGCUACCAGAGCUAAAAGACUGAGGUUUACUGCACUCAGGCAACACAACCUACGAGCGUUAACUUGGCGCCCUUUCCGCAAGCGUUGGUUAGUUUGUUCGCAUACUAGUCACUAACUUCGUUAGCCAAACCGAAUAGCCGCUCAUUCCACCACAUUCCCCUGGCUUCCGGUCUCUAAAAGUGGCAGUCGUCGAUCUUUUUAGAUGCCGCUCUUUAAUCGGUGAAUAUUUCGGAAGAACCUUGUUCGUCACUUUUGUCUGUAUACGUAUAAUGAUGUUAUCAUUUGUGAUUCUCUGGAAAUAUGAAGCUCCUCACAGACUCAAGCUGGACAUAAUUUAAUUAACAGCCCCCCCUCUCCUCCCGACACCCAUGCCAGCUGUGUGAAUCAGCAGAGAUCCUCGGAACUAGUUAAUUCUCCGACUCCAUAUUGAUGCAUUAGGAGGGAGGCGCGAUUAUGUUGACCUCUGUGUUCUUUUUUGCUUCAGCCCGUCUCUUCGACCCCAAUGUUGGCCUCGGCUGUCAGGUACUGCUUGCAUUUCCCCUACAUUACCCUCGUAGAUUUCUGGCUCCGUUCAAGAUUGUCGAGAGCCUUCUAGUUGGCAGUGUACGAAGUCUGCACCUUGGAUCGAUACUCCAGUAAGCCUUAUUGGUUCGUCUAGUCAGCGCUUUAGGGCUGAGCCGCCGAAGAAGAAGAAACGCGUUGAUCCACAACAGGAACAGUUGCGCAUUCGACGGAAAACCAAACGCAUUGAACGCGAAAUCAAGCGCCUUUCUCGACAGGGAAGGAAACUGAAACCGGUCGAAGAGAUUGAGGGCGACCGCCAAUUAUACAGGGAAGAGGUGUAAGUAGAAUUCUCAUUGCAUUUCUUUUAAUUUCAGACUGUUGAAUGUGAAAAUGCCCAACCUGUUGAGCUGGGUCAAGAAGGCAGAGCCACAUUGCCCCAUCUCAUGCGUUAGACUGGCCGCGCCGCGUUUGCUGGCGUCCCUAGAUAUAGCCAUACACGCUCCUGACAUGCGUUAG